AUAUUCAUCUCCAACAUGCAGGCUCUCAGAAACUUACAAAGACACUGCUGGAAAAGUGUUUCACUUCUCGGAAAGAGGUGUUAUUCACAUGGGAUUACAUGCUUGAAAACGUGGCCGAAUAAUGUGCACUCAGUGCUGCCUAGAGAAGUUUAUUGUAAUUCUAUCAACCAGUUGGGUUCAACUUCUGGGCAUCGAUUUAUGUCGACAACAAGAGGAAGAAGCAUGCGGAGCAAGGUGGAGAAGAGAAUGCGAAGAGAAACAGGAAAAACUUUAAAAGAGAUCAGACGUGCAAAAAAAAUAAGAAAGAAGUUAAUGACAGAAGAGGAAAGGCUACUAUACAACUUACGUAGAGCCAAGAAAAAGGUGGGAUUGCUUCUUCAAAAGCUCAAAAAAUAUGAAUUGCCAGAGUUACCACCUCCUCGGCAUGAUCCUGAGCUUCUUACUCUUGAGCAGCUUCAGGCUUAUAAGAAGAUAGGUUUCAGAAAUAGAAAUUAUGUUCCUGUUGGAGUUCGUGGGGUCUUUGGAGUAGUUCAAAACAUGCAUCUCCAUUGGAAGUUUCAUGAGACUCUGCAAGUUUGUUGUGACAAUUUUCCUAGGGAAAAAAUCAAAGAAAUGGCAACCAUGAUAGCAAGAUUAAGUGGCGGCAUUGUUGUUAAUAUACACGAUGUGAAAACCAUUAUUAUGUUUCGUGGACGAAAUUACAGACAACCAAAGAAUCUGAUACCAAUCAACACCCUGACUAAAAGGAAGGCCCUAUUCAAAGCCAGAUUUGAGCAGGCUCUUGAAUCUCAAAAGUUGAACAUCAAAAAAAUUGAGCAAGAGCUAAGACACAAGGGUGUCAAUCCAGAGGACCCAAUUGCCAUGGCUAGCAUUCAGAGAAUUGCGACUACAUUUUUUAGGGCUAUUGAUGAGAAACAAGGAACUCCAUAUAUAUUCCAUGGGGAUAAACCAUCCACAGCAGAAAUUGUUGAUAAUCUAGAUGUGUCUAUUGAUGUACCUUCUGAGGACAGUGACCAGGAGGAACUUGACCGCUUUAUUCCAGAGAUUGAAGAUGCUGCAGACAAAGAGUGGGAAGAGGAGGAAGCGGUAGAGAAAGAGGAACUUUCAAGAAUUAGGUAUUGGGGAAAAGAUGACAUGGGUCGGUCAAGCAGGGCACCAAAUUGGAGAAGUGAUAAUUCAGAAGAUGAGGAUAGGGCUCAUGUAAGGCGUUGGAAUGGUACUUCUACUGGAUUGGGAAAUACAGAGAGGAAAAAUUGGGAUAGUGACAAUGACAUGUCGGCAGCUUCAGAAGAUGAGUGGGAUUAUGAUGACCAAGUGAGUGAUGCUGCAAUUGAUGUUGAUAGACAUAACUCCUAUAGUAAAGACAGGACUCGAGAAAGAGAGACAAAUAACAUAAAACAGAGAAAAAGCAGGGCUUCCCCAAAGGAAUAUUUGAGAGAUAGAGCUAGUAUAGAAACCAGAUGGAGGGAACAUGAAGAUAUCAACCUAGACAGUGAUGUUUUGGGAGAUUCAGAAGAUGCGGUUGGGGAAUCAGAAGAUGAGGAUGAACACAAUUUUGUGGAAUCAACAAUGGGCCCUUAUGAUUAUCUCAGCAAUGAAGAUUCAGAAGACAGCGAUAGCGGGAGUAGACAGAAGAUAAGUGCGCUUGAUGAGAAAAAGGGUGAUGAAAGAUGGGAUAGUGAUUAAUGAAUUAUGCGCCAACCUGCAACUCAUUUUAUGUGCAGGUGAAUGGAAGUAGCAAUU